GAGAAAUUCCAAAAGGUUCAGAUACUUUUUCACACCACUGUAAGCCAUCGACGCCGGCCUUUGCCGUUCAAAUAGAUUUGAUGUCCAACACUGUUGAUGGCAGUUCAAAAUAAUUUGUUUUUUUUUUUUAAUGCUCAGCAUAUAUUUGGGACCUAUUUCGAUGUUUUAAAAUGAUUUGGAUGCGAUAUUCCAAUCUCUUUUUUUAAAUGCAUAUGAAGAUAAGACGACAUCGAGUUGGGAGCGACCACGCCCAAUUUGCACGCGCUUCCGCCAACUUGUUUGUUUGGAUGCGCCACGUCCCCCGGCCGCGUGACCUUGUGUGAAAAGUCAUUUUGCAAAACAGAACGAAACAACAAAGGUCCCGAUGGAAGCAAAAAUAACGACCCGGCGGUGGUUUAAGAACGCUUUGUUUUGCGAGCAAACUUCGACUGUCAAAAAGAGGAGAAGAAGAAGAAAGUGGAGCAAAGGUCGGGCGAAAGUGGAAGUGAAAGUUGAAAAAGGAGGAAGAAGAGACGGACGGCGCUAGUCUGCUGGCUCCGCCAUGUCUUGGUUCAUACUUUGCGUUCUCCCGCUGCUCCUGCUGGACGCUCUUUUCACGCGGACCUUGUGGCGGCUCCCGCUGGCUCUCGCUCGCCUCUUCAGGGAGGCGCCGUCGGGCCGGGACGGCGAGCCGCGCUUGAACCCCGACCGCCCGCUCGCCGGGCUGCUCCGGCGACGCGUCGAUGCCGCCGCUGCAGGGCGCGGCGACGGACCUGCUCCGACGCGGAAGGACGGACUCGGAUUUCCGCUCGACGAUGGGAUGGCUGGCGGCCGUCUCCGCGGGCAGGUAAGCGGCGGCGUCCGGCGAGGCGCGACGAAGCCGGCAGCCGCCCGAGUGACCCGCCACGUCGCCCGCAGCUGCGUUUUCUCGGGGCUGAGGUCGGCGUGUGCAAAGAUCUCGCACGCUCGCCUGAACAAGCGUCUGAAGGUGGCGCUGUUUCGCUCGUUCCUGGCGCAGGAAGUCCAUUUUUUCCAUGAGAACGAUUCGGGGAGUCUUUCGUCUCGCCUGCACGCCGACGUGGACCGGAUGGGCCUGACGGUGGCGCUCAACGCCAACGCGGUGACGCGCAGCUCGCUCAAAGCCGUCCUGAUGCUGGCGGCCAUGUGGCGCCUUUCGUGUCCGUUGGCGGCGCUGGCGUGCGUGGAAAUUCCCCUGAUGGCCGCGCUGCAGAGACGGCAAGUCGGCUACGAGAAGGAAUGCAAGGAGCAGACGCAAGACGCCAUGGCGCGCCUCCAGAAGCUCUGUCAUCAGUCGCUGGGCGGAAUACGCAUCGUCCGGAGCUUCGGCGGCCAACGGGACGAAGUCCAAAGAUUCCGAGGAGAACUGGAACGUCUCAGAGACAUCGGGACGCGUGCGGCGCGACGCAAAGCCGUCCUGGUCAUCCUGCGGAAGGUGAGGCAUCCUCGUCCGCCCGCGGCGUUUCCGCCGAGCCCGCCGUCGAACCUCCGUAUUUUUCAGUUGGGCGGCUUGUGCGCAAAAACGGCGACGCUUCUGGCGGCGCGGCGGCUGGUGGCCGACGGGCGGCUGAGCGUCGGGACGCUCUUGACUUUCCUCCUGUUCCGGAAGCCCGUCUCGCAUUGUCUCAAGGAGAUCUUUGUGUGCUGCGGAGACACGCUGGCCACCGUGGGCGUCGUCUCCAAAGUAUUUAGCUACCUGGACCGCUCUCCCCGACGCCGCCCCGAAGGCGACCUGGCUCCCGACGAGCUGCGGGGGAGCGUGGAGUUCCGGAACGUCACUUUCGCGUACCCGUCCGCGGGGGGGGACAAACCGGCGCUGAAGGAUGUCUCCUUGGUACUGGAAGCGGGCAAGGUGACCGCCCUGGUGGGACCGUCGGGCAGCGGCAAGACUUCCUGCGUGGCGCUCCUCAAAAGACUCUACGAACAUCAGCGAGGGGACAUCCUGUUGGACGGCCGGCCGCUGCACUCCUACCAAAACGCGUACCUGCAACGCCAGGUGGUAUCGGUUUCCCAGAAUCCCGUUCUGCUUCGCGGUUCUUUGCGCUACAACGUGGAGUACGGCCCGGAGGCUCUCGACUUCCGGCGAGUCCGAGAGGUCGCCCUGAGGAUCGAAGCCUACGACCUGCUGGCCAAGCUGGAGGCGGACUACGACGCAGACACGGAGCGGGGCGCGGCCAGCGUUUGCCUGUCGGAGGGCGAGAAGCAGAGCCUGGCGCUGGUUCGGGCGCUGGCGCGCCGACCGCGCGUCCUCCUCCUGGACGAGGCCACCAGCCAGAUGGACGUCCACGCCCAACACGCCGUACUGGAGGAGGUCGCCGGCCGCGGAGGCACGGUCCUGCUGGUGGCGCACCGUCCGGGAGGCGCCGAACGGGCGCACAGAGUCAUCUUCUUGGAGGACGGCGUCGUGACGGAGGAGGGUACGCACGAGGAGCUCAUGGCCAGGCGGGGGCGUUACCACGCACUUAGGGAGACACUCCAGCAUCAGUCAUCUUGAAGUGGCGGCUGACGGGCGAGCGCUUAAAGCCGAUGCGGAGCGCGACGAGACGUGAACGUGGCGACCGCGCCCGACAAAUUUGGACACCUUCGAGGAGCGAGGUGCUACUUUAUCCCCCACUUGUAGGAACGGAAGAGCAGAAGACGUGCUUCUUUGGAGCUGGCCGCCUACCUAAGAUGUGGGUUCAAUUUGUAAGAAAUAAAGAUUGUAGCAUCACAUAUUAUAGUGCGUUUUGUUUUCUGGUCCACUUUUUCAGCACAGGCAGUUUACCAAACGAAUCCCCCUUUUACAACUUCAAAAGUUCCCCAAACUCACGCGACGAUUUGGCCCUAAGGUUCGUGACGUCUUUGCUUUAGACGA